CCCAUUAAAAAAAAAAAAAUGAACACGAUCUUAAAAAAAUUAUCGUGCUUUAAGAGUAAAGUUAAAUCGUUGCGACUAUUCGAAUCCAGGUCAUCACUAUCUUCUUCGUCUUCUUCCUCUUUCACCCCCAAGAGAUUCGACGUCUUUCUAAGCUUCAGAGGCGCAGAUACUCGCAAGAACUUCGUCAGUUUCCUCUACAAGGAGUUAGAGGCGAAAGGGAUUCGAACUUUCAAAGACGACAAGGAACUUGUGAGAGGCCGUCUGAUCUCGCCGGAGCUCCUUCAAGCCAUCAAAGAGUCGAGAAUCGCCGUCGUGGUGGUCUCUGCGAACUACCCAGGUUCCAACUGGUGUCUCGAGGAGCUCAGGGCGAUUCUGAAGCUCGAGGCAAAGGGUUUGCUCACCGUGAUGCCGAUUUUCUACGAGGUGGAGCCUUCUCACGUGGGGAAACAGAUCGGAGAAGUCGCGAAGCAGUUCAAGAAGCACGAGAAGAGACAAAGCAGAGAGAAGGUCAAAUCUUGGAGGGCUGCGUUGGCCAGAUUGGCUAAUCUCUCCGGCGAGUGCUCAAAGAAUUGCGAAGAUGACGCGAAGCUGGUCGACGACUUUACAGAGAAAAUAUCAAACAUGUUGUUCUCAGCAACACCAGUCAAUGGUAAGAACCUAAUUGGUAUCGAAGGGCACAUGAAGGAACUGUAUCCAAGACUGGAUCUAACUUCAAACGAACAUGUUCGAGUAAUCGGGAUCUGGGGAAGAGGAAGCGGAGGCAGAUCAGCACUCGCUCGACACGUUUACGAAAACAUCUCGCAUCACUUCGAAGCCCAUUGCUUUCUCGAAGACGUGAGAAGGGUUUCACUACAUUGCCGCAAAUCUCAUCUGCAAGAAGAGCUUAUUUCCAAGAUGAAAGGAGAAGGCUUGAACACAAAGAGCUCUCACAGGUGUCUUAACGCGAUCAAAGCAAGGCUCAGGAACAAGAAGAUUCUGCUUGUGGCCAACGAUGUGGACAAGAUCGAACAGUUAGACGCACUUGCAGAGGAGUUUAGCUGGUUUGGUCCAGGGAGCAGAAUCAUCAUAACCACACAAGACAGGCAAUUGCUUAUUUCCUCGGUAGUGAAGGAUGUCUACGAAGUCGAGCUCUUGAGAUGCUACGAAGUUCGUCAGCUCUGUAGGUCAGAAGCAUUCAAACAGAAAGACGAUCCUGUUGGUUUCGAGCAGCCUACAUAUCGAGCCAUGAAUCUUCCUGGUAUUAAUGUUUUCGUGACCCUCAAAUAUUUGGUGGCUUUGUUGUGUGGUAGAGGUCAGCUCAGGGAAAGGCUAAGUGAAGUCUUUCGAUUCGUUUGAUUACAAAGCAAAGCCUUAAUAGAUACAAAGUGCAGUAGAUUUAAGUCAAAUAACUUGAUUUUUUUAUUU